UGUAUACAUAUUACAUAGAGUGGAGAGGAAUCAGGAAACCGACGUUUGAGGAAAUUAUAUAAAAGGUAUGCAAUAGGGUUGGGUUAGAUAAAAACCCAAAACACAACACGGCAGUGAAGUUAUUAGAAUCUGUGUUGUGUUGUGUUGUGUUGUGUUGAGCAGAGAGAGAGAGUGAGGGAUAAGAAGAGAAUAGGGUUAGGGUUAGGGUUUGAUUGAGGAUGCCGAAGAACAAGGGAAAGGGAGGUAAGAACAGGAAGAGGGGAAAGAACGAGGCGGACGACGAGAAGCGGGAGCUGGUGUUCAAGGAGGACGGGCAGGAGUACGCGCAGGUGCUCCGGAUGCUGGGGAACGGGCGGUGCGAGGCGAUGUGCAUCGACGGGACGAAGAGGCUCUGCCACAUCCGCGGGAAGAUGCACAAGAAGGUGUGGAUCGCCGCCGGAGACAUCAUCCUGGUUGGACUCAGGGACUACCAGGACGACAAGGCUGACGUCAUCCUCAAGUACAUGCCCGACGAGGCCAGGCUCCUCAAGGCCUACGGCGAGCUCCCCGAUACCACUCGCCUCAACGAGGGCAUCGGCGCCGGCUUGGACGAGGAGGACGACGCCACCGCCAACGACUACAUCGAGUUCGAGGAUGAGGAUAUUGAUAAAAUCUAAUCCCUCUCUCGCCCUCAAUUAUCAUUCAUAUAAUAUCAUCAUCAUAUCUGUCUCUAGCAAUAUUUCGUUAUCUGCUUGUCUGCAACUCUCCGUGUUGGAUUUCGUUUUAUAAUUGUGCACUAUUAUUUCAAUAACCCGCAGAUAUUUCUGAUUCUCAUCUUAUGCCAUGCCAUUUUUGUGUCCUUAUGAUUGUGCUAUUGCCGCUGUUGUUGAAUAUUUUUAUAUGCAUACUGUUUAAUUGGGGAAAAACUGAAGGGAUUUUGUCUGUUGGUU